AUGCUGUCAUCUCUCCAGGUCCAGCAUCGCCCCACCAGCAUCGAGUGGGAUGGCUGUGAUCCCCACAAGCUUUACACCCUGGUUCUCACAGACCCAGAUGCUCCCAGUAGGAAGGACCCAAAGUUCAGGGAAUGGCAUCACUUCCUGGUGACCAACAUGAAAGGCAACGAUGUGGGGAGUGGGACUGUGCUGUCAGAUUACGUUGGCUCCGGACCUCCCAAGGGAACAGGUCAGUUCCUGCCGCAGUGGUUUGUGUGUCAGCAGCCGAAGCAGCUGAGCUGCAACGAGCCCGUCCUCUCUAACCGCUCCGGUGACAAGCGAGGGAAGUUCAAGGUGGCGUCUUUCCGCAGCAAGUACGAGCUAGGGGUGCCGGUGGCUGGCACUUGCUACCAGGCAGAGUGGGAUGACUAUGUGCCGAAGCUCUACGAGCAGCUGUCGGGGAAGUAG